AUGCGUGGGACAUGGACUGCCUUAUGGGCUUUGCUAGCUUCCACGGCACUGGGUCAGCAACCCGUUGGUAUUCAGGCAUUCACAAGCUAUCCUGUUCUUACCGAUGACUGCUAUACUUCUCUGAAAAGUGCUAGAACAAUCAUUGAGGCAGCCUACACAGAGACUACUGAUGUGAUUGUCGUUGAGGAUAUAGCCUAUCCAGCUUCGUUUAUCGCCGAUGAUUACUUGUUGAGGUCCGAUGUCUCUUGUCGGAAGGACGAUUGA